CUACAGGGCUCCCUAGAAUUGGCAAUUCAAUGCGACUGCACCAAGAUAAAUCUGCCUUCUGAGAUCUGAGUUAGGAUUUAAAGGGACAGCUGCGGUAGUGUGUCUUCAUUAGGAACCAUGGUGACCAGAGCUGAUGUUCAAAAAUACUGUGUGAUUGCUCCAGAAUGGCCCGAGACGCAUUUUGGGGGAAUCAGUCAGUGAAGACGGCAAAGACAUUUGGUUUCACUGACACUGCCCUUCACCACAACUGCAUUCACAUGCCGCCUGCACCACGGACCCAUGGCGACAGCCACCACAGGGCAGCGGCUACCUGCUACUUAGCCCACUUUGCCUGACGAAAAGGUGCGCUUUACAGCAACUCGCGGCGGACCAUGUUCGGAAAAACAUGCCCUGACAUCACCCGAAGAUGAAAAUAUUUGUGCUUCCCCGGGAUAUUUUUGCAUUGUCAGCAAACCUUUGUUUGGGCAGGACAGAAAUAAGAGAGACACAGAUGGACAGUAAAGUUGUUACCACAGCAUCAUUUUUGUGUCAUAAUGGGAGGCGGGAUAGUGGCACUGGCUACUUCACUCUUACUUACUAAAUCAACCAACAUGAACAUGGUGCCUGGCUGAAGGGACGAAGGAACCUCAUUUUGAGUUUCAGUGACCCAUGCCCCACUGCCCUGUCUCCGUUGUCGACGUGUUUCAUCAGAACUGCGUUCACUUCCCCCCCGUGUUUGCCAACAACUUGGCAGGAGUCACUCGCACGGGGAACGGCCUGAACGGCUGUCUGAACUCCGUCAACGCGCCAAAUGAAGUCGUCCGUGCAAAUCCGUUCGUCUGCGUUUUUUGUCUACACGUUGUUGUCGCCUGCAGCUUCGUGUGUGAUGUAUAAAUCACACACAACGUGUGAUGUGUGAAGGCCUCUCUGUGCAUCUGACUGUGGACUAGAACUGGAUUUACAUUUUAGGUUUGGUUCCCAGAUUUGUGAAGCUAUUGCACUUUGUGGAAAUGAAACAAAUGUGAAGAUGCCACACUCUGGCGACUCCCUCCCCGCGGACAUGCUCAUCUCUCAAACCGUCUCCCUGGACUUCUUUUCUACCAGCGAUCAGCCCACAGACGUCUACACCGCGUACAGCCUCAUCGCCAGCGCCGGUAACAUCAGCAACAUAAGCGGGAUAGGCCUCCUUCGCUGCACCUACAAGGAGGAUUUUAAACGUAUCUUACUCCCGGCCGUGUACACGAUCGUCUUCCUGCUCGGCCUCCCGCUCAACGCUGCCGUCAUACUGAAGAUAUGGAGGACGGGGCCCAAUCUGUCCAAGAACAACAUCUAUAUGCUCAACCUGGCCCUGGCCGACUUCCUGUAUGUGAUGUCACUUCCUUUGCUCAUCUACAACUACGGCAGUCAUGACUACUGGCCCUUUGGGGAGUUUGCGUGUAAGCUGGUCAGGUUUCAGUUCUACAGUAAUCUGCAUGGCAGCAUCCUCUUCCUCACCUGCAUCAGCAUGCAGCGCUACGUGGGCAUUUGCCAUCCCCUGGCGAUGUGGCACAAGCGGGGCGGUCGCAGGAUGGCCUGGUAUAUCUGUGGAGGGGUUUGGCUGGUGGUCGCCAUCCUAUGUGCGCCCACGUUUCACUUCGCUGCGACAGGGACCCAGCGCAACCGCACGGUGUGUUACGAUUUAAGCACGCCAAAGCUCUCGGUGGACUACUAUCCGUACGGCAUGGCUCUGACCUGCCUUGGCUUCUUGUUGCCUUUCAUGGGAGUGAUGGCGUGCUACUGCCGGAUGGCCCACAUCCUCUGCCGCCCCGUGUCCUACCAGGGUGUCUCCAGGGCGAGCGCGGACAAACGGGACAAGGCGGUUAGAAUGAUCAUUGUGGUGGCCACAGUGUUCUGCAUCAGCUUCCUGCCGUUUCACCUCACCAAGAGCAUGUACCUGGUGAUCCGCACCCUGCCCGGUGCGCCGUGCGAGACGAGAAACUUGUUCUCAAUCAUCUACAAGAGCACCAGGCCGUUUGCCAGCAUGAACAGCUUUCUGGACCCCAUUCUGUUCUACUUCACGCAGCCCCGGUACCGACAGAGCACCAGGAGGUUCAUGCUUAAAGUCACCACUCUCCGGGACAAGGGCACCAGUGUGUGAGCGAACAAAAAGUCAACCAAACAAAAAGGCAACAGUUCUUUAGAGCCGAUGCUAGAGUGCUGCAAAGUUGUACAUGUACCAGUAGUGGUUGCAAGAGUUUUUGUAAAAAACACCUGUCCUCGUGUUAUUGUACUCCGAUUGCAAGCGGUUCUUCGGGAUUUUAACUACUCGCUGCAACAGAGAACUGGACCUAGGGGGUCUGACACAUUUAGAGGCACUGACAAGAAGCCGUCAAACGCAGCAUGAACGUUGCAAUGUGAAAGAUUAACAGACUGAGAGAAGUAGGAGGAGGGAUUGAAAAUCAAAUAUCCCUCUUUAACUCAAUUCACCCUUACACAACUUUUGUUUUUCCUCUUCCUUUUUGUUUCACACUGAAAUGUACAGUAAAAAGAAGCAACUGUAAAAUAAUCCUCCAGCAGGUCUCCGCAGUUAUACAGGACUGAUUUUUAGAUACAUGAGUUGUGGAAGUGAUUAUGGUGAAAGGGAGAAAGACUGCAGGGUUAAAAUCCACUGUGGCACUGAGCCGUGUGAAGUGACUGUAAAUGUUCAUGACUGCAUGCUGGAAUGACAUGAAGGACUUGAAAAUGACGUGGUACUGGGGUGAAACCUGCCUCGGGUUUGAAAUAUUGUCCUGCCCCACAGAUGACAUAUUUGAGCCUUAUCCAAGCUUUAAAGCGUGUAAUUGCAUGUUUUGACCACUGGAUGGUGUGUGCACCCUACUGCUGCAUCACCAUUGCACUGAAAUGUUGGUCUUUAAAAAAAUGUUCUACCUUUUAUAAUGUGCAGUAAGGACUACAUAUUAUUUACAGCACGUAGAGGCAAACAGACGGAUAUGGUGCUCACUGUCCAAGAAAUAUUCCUUCAAUGUAUGUUUUCUUUUCUUAUAUCCUUAAGGCUUAAGUAAACAGCAAAAAUCGAUUUAAAUGUCUGUGCCAACAAAGGUGUUUAAUACAUUUUUGAAUCGAUAUCUAAUGUCUAAGAUAUGAUUCAACAACACUUUAUGGACCUUAGAGCAGCGCCUGAUUUAAGGAAUGAGUCUGCUGUUUUCCACUUCCUGAGUGUGUGAAUCCAUCUGAUGAAAUUAUCUGAUGGUUUUCUGUUCCAAGACAUCACCUCUGCGGAUGAAUGUUAGGUCUUAUAGAGAUGACGGAAUAUUGAUAAAUUUCAUGAAAAGAAGCCCUGCGCCUUUAAAGAAGUACUCUAGAGUGCAUUUAGUGAAUUGUGUAGUACUUGGUACUGUUUUUAUAUUUUAAUGGGGGAAAGGAAUGGAUGAAAACUCUAAUUUAAACUUCCCCUUUGCGGUUUCUUAUGUAGUUAUACUAAGUAACUCUAUGUUCAUGAAAUGAACAUGGUGUAAAUGUAUUGUAAAUGAUCCUGCUGAUUUUUAACUACAUUUUGCCUCAGCUUAAUAUCAAUUCAACUAUUUUCAAUUUGUAAUAUGUAAUAUUGCAUACUUUUCUUAGUACGUAUUUUUGUGUCAGACACAUGAGGUUAACAAACCAAAACGAUGGAAUUCAUUUUUGUCUUUAUGUACUUGAAGAUUUUUCUAUUGCUGCCCUUUUUUAUUUAUUUAUUUCGUUAUUUUUUGGAGUAGUUUUUGUAGAAGCCUUAAUCCCACCGGAUGAUUUUGCGUCGCAUUUCUGUGAGUAGUUGUGGCAUUAAGCUGGUACAUUUGGGGCAACAUAAAUGAAAUCUGUUUAUAAAAUGUAGAUCGAUUAAUCCUGUUGUGUUAAUUUAACUGAUUCACUGUCUCUUACUCCGGAAUUCACACCGGUCUCUCCCCUUGUCAUGUUGCCCUUUCUUCUUUCACUGUUUGAAUUUCAUAUUAAACUGAAAUUACUAGAAUAAUGAAUCCUUUAAAAUGAAAAUAAAAUGUUGCCAGCUUUAUUACCUAAAUAAGUCACAUUUCUAACUAUAAUUGCACCCAUGCUUGAAAAAACUGUUGUGAACAUUGGUUUGAUGUGAACAUGUAAUUUUCAUGCAUUUUUAGAUGCAUUGGACUUUUUGACCACAGCAUUAUAUUUAUGUGCAUAAAAAAGUUGAUGUGUGUGUCUGCACAUUGUGUAAUGUACUGAGUGUUCUCUGUUCCUGGCUUCAGGAAGAGGCGACUGCAUCCCUCUUGUUUCAGUGUCUGGUCAGUCAACUUACAACUGUCUGUAAUGUGUGUGGUCAGUUUAGAUAUAGAUCCAGAUGUACUGUGUCAACAUAUUUGUGUCAGUCAGUAUUAUUUUGUUAUAAUUUCAUUCUUAUUUUUGUAAAAUACUGUAAUGCAGAAAUCUAAUUUUAUUUUUGGUUACAUAGAGAUAAUUUACAUGGAUGAAAAACAUUUGUUUUUUUAAAUAUUAUUUUUGAGUUGAGUUGCUGGUGAAAUUGUUUUAGUUGUAGUUAUCAUGUAUAACCAACUGAAAACAGCCAUUAAAACAGUAAUGCAAACAACUA